GGCUGGGGCACAUGAAGAUCGAAAGAUAUCAUAUCAGGUUGUAGGUCUAGUUACGGUGGGUUAUCUGCAGGCGAUCCUUCUCCUCGCCCCACUCUGACUGUUUGUGAAAUUGUGAGAUGUGAGGGAGCAAGCGAAGCCUGAGAACUGAUGCGAGUGCACCAGAAUUUUAACUGUAAUAAACGAUUCGACGAGGUGUGAUCGGAAGAUAACGGAAGAAGGAGAAGUCGGAGGAUCUGGAUUUGGUUUUUUAGAAGAUCCGUUUGUCGAAUCAGAUCAUGGAGUUGCAAGAAUCUGGUUGGGAGGAACUGAGAAAGGAAGCGCGGAAGAUCGAGGGUGAUCUUGACGUCAAGCUGUCUUCUUAUGCUAAGCUAGGCGCUAGGUUCACACAAGGAGGUUAUGUGGAAGGUGGGUCACCACCUCUUGGAUCUAGUAGAUCAUGGAAGUCAAUGGAGAUGGAAAUUCAAUCCUUGCUUGAGAAACUACUGGACAUAAAUGAUUCGAUGAGUAGAUGUGCUGCAUCUGCUGCAUCAGCUACUUCUGUAACCCAGAAACUAGCUAGGCAUAGAGACAUUCUUCAUGAGUUCACCCAGGAAUUUAGACGUAUUAAGGGGAACAUAAACUCAAUGAGAGAACAUGCGGAGCUUUUGAGUUCAGUUAGGGAUGACAUUAGUGAUUUUAAGGCAUCAGGAAGUAUGUCACCAAGGAUGCAGUUGUUACGGGAGAGAUCUGCAAUCCAUGGAAGUAUAUCUCAUAUUGAUGACGUGAUUAGUCAAGCUCAAGCAACGAGAGCUGUUUUGGGGUCUCAAAGGGCUUUGUUUGGUGAUGUUCAAGGAAAAGUGAAGCUUCUUGGCGAUAAGUUCCCUAUGAUUCGAAGCUUGCUUGGUUCAAUACAAAGAAGACGCUCGAGGGACACUCUUAUAUUGGCAGCGGUGAUUGCUGGCUGUACGUUGUUUCUCAUUGUUUAUUGGUUCUCAAAGUAACAAAAAUAGAAGGACGAAAAGAUGCAUUUUGAAACGCGAAAGAUAAUACAAGAUUAUGAUGUUUUAAUCUAUCUAUAUUGAAUUUAGCUGCUGCUGCUGCUUUUCUUUCUUUUAUUUGACGGAUAAUUAAUUUGUUUUCCAAUUCAUGGGUCAGUAGAUCGUAGUUUUUAUCAUUCAUAUGCCGCUUAUGUAAGUUUGAUUUAUAUGAUGGAAGCCACUGACUGUGGUUUGGAUAGAGAUUUGUAUAAUAUUAGUUAGUUCCAAUCUCAAAUUUGAAUUUUUUCGGCCA